CAUUGAGAUAGCCUGUAUACGAUGGAAUAUAUAGCACAUGUAGUUAAUGCAUAAGCAUUUCUUUUAUCAUAGAUUUAAUUUCACAAUUUUCUUGGACAAAUCCUGAAGGAUAUAUUGAUCCUUUUCAAACUUUUUCAAAACACCGUGUUUCUUGUGACAUCGUUUAUAUAGUCUUAAGCUGCGGUCAGAGUUCUUAACUGCGUUAAGAAUAAAAUCCUGUCACGUGACAAUCAUGAAACUAGCCUACUACCAGCAGAUAUCUUGGCUUGAACCGUGAUUGUUCUUUGCACAGUGAGUGUAAAAUGCAAGUUGAAUAUUUUCACCAUUGCACUGAUUAUUAUUCCAAUGCAUUAUCUAGCCGUUCAGAUACUGAAAGUCAUUUUGUGCAGUAAGGAUUUCUGGAGUGUUUCACUUUCGGGCGUGGAUGGAAACAUUUGUCGAAACUUGAAUAGAAGUUAAACAAACUUCAGGUCAUCCAAGAUGUCUUCGCCAGCAGAGAAACACCAUCAAUACAAGGUCAGGUAUUCAUGCAUAACGGUGGAGCCUGUCGUGUUGCUGUUCUUCAUAUCUUACAGUAUGAUCGUCACACUGCGAGCAGAAUACGUCACUUUGCGAAUCGCAAAAGGUUUGGAUGACACCAAAGGUUCAAGGGCCGCUGUGUUGGCGCCAGACGAUACGCUCUGUCGGCUCAGCAACCAAUCAACAGACGCGUUGUACGCCGAGACGCAAUCCAGAGCCUCCUAUUGGUUACUGCUGCUUAAUCUAUUUCAAGUCGUGCCGUCGCUUGUAAGCGCUCCUCUGAUUGGCUCUUGGAGUGACCUGGGCGGGCGUAAGCGCGCUUUGAUCAUCCCUAUAAUCGGGUACCUCAUUGGUUCCUUUGUGUGGAUCUUUGUGACUUACACCAAUGGGAAGCUCUGGUACUUGCUUCUAGCCGAGUUCUGUCUCGGUCUGACGGGAGAUUUCUCGGCAGUUCUGGCCGUGUGUAACGCUUACCUGGUUGAUAUCACCACAGAACGGGAGAGAACCUUCCGCCUGAUCAUGGUGGGGAUAACCAUCGAGGUGGGCACGGCUGCUUCGCAGAUUCUCCUGGGUUACUGGGUAGUCCGGCAAGGUUUCGGUCUUCCCUUCUGGUUCGUGGUGGCCGCCAUGCUCGCAAGUCUCCUCUACAUCACCUGCGUCUUAAAGGAAACCCGAGCUAAAUCAGGAGGUCUUGAGAACCUGGAACUCUUCAACAACCGCUUACUGGACGAUAUCUACGGGAUGCUGAUGAGAUACGGCAGCGAGAAACGGAGACAGAUGAUCUUUUUCAUCACCAUUCUUGGUCUGCACAUGAUGAUUCUUUACACAGCGUUUCUGCUCGUUCUCCUGUAUGUGCUCAGCCCUCCGCUUUGCUGGACGCCCGUUACCGUUGGAUACUACGUCGCUUCGGCUCUCUUACUUGGAUCUGCAGGUACUUUACUCGGAGGAAAGAUCUUCAACAUGUGUGUGGAUGAUCUAGGCGUUGUACAAAUGGGGGCGCUUUCCUUUGCGACUAGUCUUAUCCUCGUGGCGUUCAGUAAAUCGACCAUGACUCUGUUUUUUGCCGGGAUUUUUGGUUCCUUCCGUUUUCUAGUCUCACCUGCGGUGCGUUCAAGACUGUCCAAGCUUGUGGACGAAGAAGAACAAGGAGCGAUGUUUUCAUUGGCCAGUAGCAUCGAGAGCAUCGGUCAUCUGAUUGGUCCGCUCAUUUUCAACCUGAUGUAUGGCGUGACUACUGGUUUCUACCAAGGAUUUACCUUCUUAGUGAUGGCGGCUGUGUAUGCACCGAUAUGUUUGAUGACAGGGUAUUAUCAAGUACGUGGCUGGAUGUCAAAUAAGACAAUGUCUACAAACACAGAGGACGACAAGGAGCGACUGGUCACGCCAUAGCACGAGUUACGAUCAUAUCAUUUUUUUAACCAUAAAAUGGACACACAUAUGUGUGGUUUUUUUUUUUAAAUAAAGAUCUCACUCUAUGACUGUUAUUGCUAACAUUAAACUAGAAUUAAACUGCAAACAUCCAGUGUUGCUGAGUAACAUUAUAAGACACGUAGUCUUACAUUGCAUUUAAUAACGCCGAUCAACUUUAACAUAAACGCAUUUCUUGAAGAGAAAUCAUUUGCUGUUCGCGCAUUUUGUUCGCUCCCAAUAAUCUUAAAGCUUGAGCUGUUGGGGAAAAACGGGGCAAAAAAACAUGCACAAGCUUUAGUUCACGAAACACGUUGUCGUCAUUAUAACUCUUUAUUUCCAAACAUCGGUCAACUGACUGAUCGUUGGACAUCGCCCACUAGAAGACAGCUAGCAAGACGGAAUAAUUUCAGGAAUCGUUUAGCAUAAUGGUCUUUUAUCCAAGUAGGCCUAAGCUUCUUGAUGAUUCUUCGGUAGGUUUGGGGAUAAUGUCAAAUAAUCCUAGUCGCCUUUUAAUGAUACUGUAGCUGAAGUUGUAUUGUAAUUCAUAAUGUUAAUAUAACACGUGUGCAUGCAAAUUGCAAUGCCCCCAUCCGGUGACACGCCGCUCAGUAAACCUGCUGGUUUUAUAAGUGCCAUGUUAUGUUUAAAUGAAUAUCAACACCUGCGCCACCGCUUAUUUAUAAAUAUGAAAUACACUAACACGUGGCUAACAGCGCGCAUAAUUAGAAUGCCGUGCACCGAUGUUAUAUUAUAAAGUUAAUUGUUGUACGUUUGAUGUUAUGGCUUUCUACCUAUAUAUUUAACCAAAAGUGUAUUAAUAUAAAUAUUCAAAAUAAAUAAGUUAUUCUUACGCACUUUGAAUAAUGAAAUAUAACUUAUACAAUUGAGGUCAAAUCGCUUAGCUACAGUUUAUUUAUCCAAACUUGGUUUUAGUUCUUUGAUUUUACAAGCUAUUGUCUGGAGUGAUUGCCUCAUCAUCCAAAGGUGUAACUUUGCGCCACUUUAAUUUAGAAUAAAUGUUCAGUUUGCUGUAUCAGACCUACAGGUAUCCAACUUGUAAACAAUGCCAGUUCCUAGGUGACCCGGUUUAACAAUACAUACAAGCCUAUAAAUGGGGCUUUCACGGCAGUUGAGCCCGCAUGGGUUCAACCCGAUAUUGCGAAGUAGUACCGAUAAUUGUUUUUCUACAUAAAGAUUAUGUUUUAAUGCAAGUAAAAAUAAAUCAAUUUUUC